CACCGACGAUUGCCAUCACAUCGAGUGGCUAUCAACUUAACCCUUAGCUAACUAAAUAAAUGACUCUGACCCUUUCGCUGAAUUGUGCAUUGUUUAAUUAAUUUUGGAAGACACAUUUCGGUAAGUGAAACCAUUUCUCUUAUUGUUCCACUGGUGAAAGAGAGUGAGUGAGAGAUUGAGUUUUCAGAUUGUUUAUUUGCCCAGCAACAAGUAAUUUUGCAACGCUUUCUGUUCGUUUUUGCCGAAUCGUGAUUAAAUAGUAAUUUAACUGUCAGGAUUACUGUUAAUUAGAAGUUUAUCAAUAUUUUAUAUUUUACGGUUCAAUUCUGAUAACCGAAUUUGAUUUUAUCACUUUCAUUAAUUACCCUAUAUAAUCAUGACUUCAACCAACACCUCCCGACAAACCCUACGACAAACUGACUUUCUACCAUCCCGUUUCUCGGGUGAUAAACUUGAUAGGGACAACUCGACUGCGCACUUCUUGACUUUCGACGACUAUCUAGAUGCGCAUGACAUUGACAAAGCCGACCCCGACCAAUUCCAGACAAUACUGCGAACGUUUAGACGGACUUUACAAGGGCAGGCGCGACUUUGGAUUGACGGACUUCAAUUCAAUACAUAUAGCGACCUGAAGGAUGGGUUCAUAAGACGGUUUAGUCCCGCUAAAUCGUCAUAUAGCCAUGUGACGGACUUUAAAAAUAUGACUAUGACAAAUAACGAGAGCGCAGACGCGUACUUGCAAAGGUUGAGAACAACAGCAGCCUACAUAGACUAUGGGGAAACCCAGAUUAGGCAUAAGUUGUUGGAUUCUUUGCCGUCAGACUGCCGCGCGACCAUACUUAUGACCGCCCCCGACCUGACCUCAGAAGAAAUAGCGGCGAAAGCCCAACUUUUUCUAGACCUCAACCAUAGACAGACUAAGCCGACCAAGGAGUUAUCUUUCUCUGCUCAAGAGGAAAUAGAUCAAUUGAAGGAGCAAAUACAUUACUUAAACCUCAAGACAGACAGAGACAAUGACAAAAGGCCAAAAUCCCCCACCCAACGACCCCCAACCCCACGACAACGCAGUGCUAGUCGUAGUGCUAGUCGCAGCGUAAGCAGCGAAAGACGACGUGACACCAGUCACGAUAGACGAGACGACAGGCGCAAUGACAUGCAAAACAGACGCGGUAGGAGCCCCUAUCGAUCGGACGGACGGACAAACCGACCGCCAACACGCAGACUUACAUGCAACUACUGUGGCAUUCCUGGCCAUAUUUGGCGAGAAUGUCGAAAAAGACUUAGGGACAUGACGACCCCACCACCCCCCUUCCCUGACUAUAAUGACUACUAUGCCCCUCCAUACGGUAGCUAUGCCAACAACCAAUACUACCCACCACACCAACAGCAGCCCCAAUAUCACCAGCCCCGCUACCAACAACCCCAAAAUCAACCACGCCCACAGGAUUUUUAAGACG